UCACUGCGCACGCGCUGGAAAACAGGGGCGGGUUGGAGGAGCGACGGGAAAGCUUCCCGGUAGCUGGCAGCCCUGGAGGACCCGGAGCCUGCGGAUAGGCCGGAAGUGCCUGAAGACGAUGAGGAUGAUGAGGAGGCAUUGCCACACUCCGAAGCCGUGGACGUGUUCCAAGAAGGUCUCGCCAUGGUGGUGCAAGACCCGCUGCUCUGCGACCUUCCGAUCCAGGUCACUUUAGAAGAGGUCAACUCUCAGAUUGCACUGGAGUAUGGCCAGGCAAUGACUGUCCGGGUGUGCAAGAUGGAUGGAGAGGUAAUGCCUGUGGUCGUCGUACAGAAUGCCACGGUCCUGGACCUGAAGAAGGCCAUCCAGAGAUACAUGCAGCUCAAGCAGGAGCGGGAGGGAGGCAUUCAGCACAUCAGCUGGUCAUACGUGUGGCGGACGUACCAUUUGACCUCAGCUGGGGAGAAACUCACAGAGGACAGGAAGAAGCUCAGAGAUUAUGGCAUCCGGAAUCGGGAUGAGGUUUCCUUCAUCAAGAAGCUAAGGCAAAAGUGAACCCCAGACAGAGUGAUCACAUCAAGAUGGCGCCCUCCCCUUGUCCUCACAGAAAAGGGUAGCUGCAUCCCUAGUUUGCCUGGGUGGAACUGUCAUCAUGAGCCCUAGAACCCUCAGAAGACGGAAAGUUCCUCUGUCCCACACUUUCCUGUGAACUUGGCCUGAAGGUCCUACGUGGUUGUGGACCUGACCUACAAAAUAAAUCUAUUUGCUUUGUAUUUGGAAAAA